UGGUUUCGGACUCGUCACUUCUGUACUAUGUUGUCGAGUUAGGCUGAGUCGACUCUGAUACAUUGUAAGGAGUUGAUGGGGUCAAUUCCUGCAUUCGACUCUACGUAUUUUCAACGCUGCAUGUAUUGAACAUUAAUAUUUUGGAUCGUAUCAGAAGCACAUUUGAAUUUUGACAAUGAGCAGAUAAAUUAACUUAGCACUCUAUAAGUGUUCCGUGCAGGAAUUUGAGCAGAAUCAGUUCCUCUGUGUGCAGAAUCGACUCCUGGAGUUCGAGAAUCGACUCCCGGAAUCUGGGCAUCUACUCCCCGGAGUCUGAAUCGACUCCUCUACGCCUCGUUGUUUCGCGGUGUUUAUGCUAGCAGGGAAUGUUACGAAAUGUGUAUAUUUAAAUCAGACUAAACAUGAAUACUGCUUUAAAGCAUUGGAAAGAAGCGGCUACUGUGAUUUUAGCUGCUGGAUCAAAGUAUAAGCGAAGUGUUGAGUCUUUGUGGAGAGAAACGCCUGGUUUUACAACAAAUUUACGACAAAAAACAGCUUUCGACUAUGAAGUCCUGCUGCUCAAAAGGAGCGGAAAAAGCAGCUUUAUGCCAAACGCUUAUGUGUUUCCAGGUGGUUUAGUGGAACCGUCUGACUUCUCCACUGAGUGGUUAGAUGUUUUUAAUGCUUUUACACACUUGCCGAUGUUUGGCUUAGCGACAGUGAAGCAGCCGCAGGAAAGCAGACCGCCGAUUUUUGCGACAGACCGUCAGCAGCUCGGGUCUCCCAUCCCGGGGGACGUCGCUUUCAGAAUCUGUGCAGUGAGAGAGACGUUUGAGGAAUCAGGGAUACUUUUAGUGGUGCCUAGUGACGAGGCAAACACCCUGAACACUGAUGUUAAUGCGGACAAUGAGAAGUCGGAUAAUUACGUCAGUCGGUCACGGUUUACGGCACUGCCGGACCGGUGGGACAAAAGUCUGAUCUCUAAAUGGAGAUCUCUGGUCCUCCAGAACUCGGAGAAUUUUAUUCUCAUGUGCAGAGAGCUCGAGUGUUUACCGAAUAUAUGGGCUCUAUAUGAGUGGGGAAACUGGCUCACUCCUGUUGGCGGGUCUGUCCGUCAGAGGAGGUACGACACGGCCUUUUACAUGUGCUGUUUAAAACACGUCCCAGACACGCUGCAGGACCAGAAGGAGAUCGAGCAUUAUAAGUGGUCUACGCCCCCUGAAGUACUUCACAGCUACCAGGAAAGAAAACUUUGGAUUGCACCACCACAGUUAUAUGAUAUUGGACGAAUGUGCAAUUUUCCUUUACUAAGUGACCUUCACAACUUUGCCAAACAGAGAUCGAUAGAAGGCUGUGAGCGCUGCCUACCUGUUAUCUUGAAGGCUACUGACUGCCACAUAUCACUCUUACCAGGUGACAGUUUGUAUCCAGAGAAAACCGAUAGCAACGUGUCUACAGAGAAGUGUUUGGAAGAGCUGCAGGAGGACAGUCCAAAUCUGCAUCGCAUCGUAAUGCACAAUCCUUACCAGAGCUCUGUCUAUAUUAACAUCACACCUAAAUACAAGCAUCUACUUCCUCUUACCAUCUGUGAGUCCAAGCAUGAGCACAAGCUCUAACACUGCAUUCAUGACAGUGUCUGAAGGGUACAAUUAACUUAAUAUACAGCGGGUAAAAUAAGUAUUGGACACGUCACCAUUUUUCUCAGUAAAUUUAUUUCUAAAGGUGCUAUUGACAUGAAACUUUCACCAGAUGUCAUGUUUCCCGGUCACAUUUAACAUUAUUAAACAUAACUUAUUUUAUGCACAUCUAUGGUUUGAUUUAUUUGCAUGUGUGGAUUGAAGGGGUUGUUACCAACAUCUGGUGAAAAUUUCAUGUCAAUAGCACCUUUAGAAAUAAAUUUACUGAGAAAAAUGGUGACGUGUUCAACACUUAUUUUACCCGCUGCAGGUGGCUAAAAGCCUUACAUAUGUAACCUGGUUUAAUAUUGUACAAUUUGCCUCAGAUUGAAAGGCUACUGAAUUGGGAUGUGAUGUUGAAUUGUUAUUGAGGACAAUAUGGUUAAAUAAAGUACACCAAACAUA